CUCAACUCAAAAACCAAAAAAAACUUUCAUUUUGGUGACGUUUUAAUUUAAGGUUAUGUUGUGAAAAGCAGAUCUUUUUAAAAGAGCAAUUCUUUUAAAUUUUUUACUAGGACAUUUAUGUAUUCAUAUAUACGUUAUUAAAACCAGUUAACAUAAGGUCAGCAUGGCUCAGUUAAUUGAGAAUAUUUUAAAAUAUAUAUCCGAUAACGGAGAUAUUAAUACGUUAAAAUUAGCUUCCGCAUUUAACGAAGACCAUCAGAAAGUUAUUGGAGCCUUAAAAAGUAUUCAAGCCCAUGGAGAUUUAGUUGUAGCAGAGCCAGUCAGUAAUAAAAAACUUGAACUUACAGAAGAAGGAAAGACAAUAGCUGAAAAAGGCAGCUAUGAAGCUAUGAUAUAUAAUAGUCUUGGUGAAAAUGGAUUACCUCAAGCUGAAGUAAUGAAACUACCAAAUGCCAAAAUAGGUUUUAGUAAAGCAAUGUCAGCAGGUUGGGUAGAAGUAGAUAAAUCUGUUACACCUCCAAUGGUGAAAAGAAAAGUGCCUCAAAUUAAAGACGUAGUUCAUGAACAUCUCAAACAAAUUUUGUCUGAAGAUAUAUCCUCAAUAUCAGAUAAAGAAAAACAGGAGUAUAAAAAGAGGAAACUUAUUCAAGAAGUGGUUGUGAAAAGCUUUGAUUUAAAGAAAGGACCGGAAUUUAGUCUUACUCUUACCAAGCUAGAAACAGAUCUUACUUGUGAAAUGAUAAACUCUGGUGCCUGGAAAAACUUGAAAUUCAAAGAAUACAACUUCGAUGCACUGGGUGCACCUUUAAGCUCCGGUUAUCUUCAUCCGUUGCUCAAAGUUCGAUCUGAAUUCAGGCAAAUCUUCUUAGAAAUGGGAUUCUCUGAAAUGCCUACUAAUAAUUACAUUGAAAAUUCAUUCUGGAACUUUGAUGCUCUCUUCCAACCUCAGCAACAUCCUGCUAGAGAUGCUCAUGACACAUUCUUCAUCUCUAAUCCGAGAAUUAGUACUAAAUUUCCUGCAGAUUACAUGGAAAGGGUAAAGAAAGUUCACAGUAAAGGAGGGUAUGGGUCAAAAGGGUAUGGUUAUGACUGGCAGAUUGAAGAAGCACAGAAAAAUUUACUGAGGACUCAUACUACUGCAGUUAGUGCUAGAAUGUUGUACAAAGUAGCCCAGCAGAAAGAAUUCAAACCCAUAAAACUAUUCAGUAUAGAUAAAGUAUUCAGGAACGAGACUUUAGAUGCAACACAUUUAGCGGAGUUCCAUCAAGUGGAAGGAGUGAUAGCAGAUUAUAAUUUAACUCUUGGAGACUUGAUCGGCGUUUUCGCAGAGUUCUUCAAAAAAUUAGGUAUUGACCAACUGGAAUUCAAACCAGCCUACAAUCCCUACACCGAACCUAGUAUGGAAAUUUUCUGCUUCCAUCCGGGUCUUGGAAAGUGGAUAGAAACUGGUAAUUCUGGAGUAUUCCGACCAGAAAUGUUACUCCCAAUGGGCUUGCCUGAAGAUGUUUCUGUGAUUGCUUGGGGAUUGUCGUUGGAGAGACCAACCAUGAUUAAAUAUGGAUUUAAUAAUAUUAGAGACUUGGUUGGACCUAAAGUGGAUUUAGAUAUGAUUAUUAGAAGUCCUAUAUGCAGACUUAAUAGAUAGUCAAAACUGCUUGUUGUUAUCCUCUUAAAUAUUUAAUAUGUUUUUACAGAAUAAAAUUGGGAAGUAAUAUUCCCUCAAAGCCAUGUGUUUUUAAA